UACAUAUAUUUUUAUGCAUCCUUGGCUGGGAGAGAUGCUGACAAGGUAGCACGCUGCAUGAUCAGCGAGUCUUUCAGGGACAUGCGUAGUUGACGGGAGAUACGAUUGAUGGUACCGCGGUUGCCGAAUACGUGUGAAUCACCAAAGGGACUCGGUUUGCUCCAAUCUAUAUAGAUUCUUUUCGAUUUCAUUAUCAUUAUUACUGACAUAAGAAUUUAAUUAUAUCCACGUUUUUACAUGGAUCGCGACUCAAUCAAAUUCCCAGUGUCCCGACCGCGAAGGUAAUAUCGGUGCAUUGUUCGUCACGAAGCAUGAUACGGCGGGUGGCGGUGUCGCGGAAAGUAAAUCUGAUAAAAAUGACGUGGUGAGAAGAUACGCUUAUCGCUUGACGAGAGCGUCAAAGGUAUUACAAGAGGUAGGAUGGAGGAAAGCACAAGUUCGGAAAAUGUCUGGCACAAGGGCAAGCCUGAAGAGCAAAGCGAGCUCUUUCAAGGAGAAUCCACAAACGCGUCUGUAGAAGCUAACUCUACAUCGCUGGCUGAUAUAUUUGAUACAGCAUUUACAUCAACAGUUGAUCCAUCCCCGCAACCUCGAUUUCCUGCCGGUAAUGAAAUGGAAUACGAGCAUUUAUUUGCUGAAAGUGAUAUCGAAGAAUCAGAUGUAACAGCUAUAAGUCCUUAUUCAAAUCCAACUCAUCCUACCGCUUCCGAGAACAGUUUUGUUUAUGGAAAUUAUUUAACCCAGCAAGAUGCAACUGGCGAUUCGCAAGAGUAUUGGCAAUCUGAUCUCUUGAAUUGCAACAUGUGCCAAAAUAGACAAGAAAGAAACUCUAAAAAAGAUCCUCCAACUCAACAAUUGAAUAAUUCAUGUGAGGAGAGAGUGUGCGAUAAUUAUAGAAGAAAGAGAAUUUUGCAUGAUCGUGAUUUGACAGUCAAGCAUAAAACUAAAAAAAGCGAGGAACAAAAAUUAUUGAGUGGUCAACAGCCAGACAGUUUGAGUAUAGCUGGACCAUCUAGAUUGUCGGAUCAUUCUAUCUCAAACAAUAUAACAAGAUCAACAGAAAAUACAAGUGUUUUACAAAAUUUAGGAAAUGAUAAUGAUGAUGUGUCUGAUAAUUUGUUAUGCCAUGCAGUUAUGUCAAAUGUGAUGACACCUCAAGAAAUACAUUCAUCUCAAAAUGAUAAUACACCAUCAGCACCAGAUUUGCAACUAGAUUGGUCCUCUAGUAGUGAUAGUGAUGAUGAGGAUGGCUCAGUUGAAGUACUUGGAACUGUUAAUCACAAUGCCAAAGUACGUACUUUCUUUAAAUAUGAGAUUUCAGCAGAUUUUAAUCAUAGAAAUAACACACACUGCGUGCAUGGAUCACCAGAUUAUUGGAAUCAUUUAACAUCGUAUAAUAUACAUAAUAGAGGCGCGUAUCACAAUCACAGAUUGCCCGUUCAUACGGGUUAUUCAUCUAUAGGAGAUGCAGCUACAGAAGUAGCACAAGUGAGACCAAGGAUGCAUCCUGUGCAGGAAAGAUUAUGGAUGAACCAACAACGUAUGCAAGAAGUACACAGACGUAGACUUUAUCUUAGAUCUUCUCAGAUACAUCAUGGUCCAUCCGUGGAUAUGGUUAUCAGACCAUGUAAUACGCACGGACAUUCAUCGACGCAACAUACUUGUGGAGAGGGAGGAAACAAUAGUCCUCCAAGUACACGAUGCAAUAAUGGAACGGAUAAUGCGGCAUAUACAGAAAAUUAUCUUCCUCCUCCCAUUUUACCACCACCGCAGCAACCUACGGUUUACAGUCAUCCUGAGGCUCGAGGGCCAUCUAAUUUCUAUAGGGGACCAAACAUCCCUGUGCUGCCUAUAAUCGUAAAUCCGUUGAAUAAUCAACCAGUAGAAUCAAUGUCUUCGCUGAUGUUACCGUCGAUACAUCAACCAAUACAUCAACAUGUACAUCAUCAUAUGUAUCAUUAUGAUCCGCAUCAACGGCCAUCGCAACGCAUGCAUCACGUUCACAUUAGUUUCCAUCCUCAUACGCAAGGAUCUGGAGCACAUCAGAUAGUGCCGUUCGUACCAGGUAUGCCAGAGUUUAUAUUACCAGGAGCACGUCACAUGCCCUCACGAAUGGACAAUUACAUGCGCAUUGUUGAUUUGCGACGUAUGGCUCAUGGUAUAAGUUGUGGGGCUACGCAAGAGUCCAUUGAAAGCCACACAUUCCCUCAUAAAUAUAAACGGGUAAAAAAGGUGGAAAACGGGGAAGAUGCUAUUGAAAAAUGUACAAUAUGUUUAUCUGAAUUCGAAGAUUGUGAACGUGUUAGAAGGCUUCCAUGUAUGCAUUUAUUUCAUAUUGACUGCGUUGAUCGAUGGUUAUGCACCAAUAAACGUUGUCCUAUAUGUCGAGUGGAUAUCGAAACAUUUCUUCAUAAGGAAUUCACUACUUCGGCAUAGUUUAAGGUUUUCCAUAUCUGCCUCUUUUCGAAAUAUAAUCAGGUAAUAUGUAUAUGAUAUCAAAUAUUUCAUAAUGGUCCAUCCAGGAGAAAACGCGCUGGGUUACCACUAUUAUUAUGGAAUAAUGUAAAAAUGUUAUGGAUAAUCAAAAUAAUAACGAAGCAUAAGCUGAGUUCCUCAAGAAGAUGACGAGUUGUCAAUGUUCAAUAUACAUGUUUUAAUACAUCUAACUGUGGUUCAUUUUACGCAUUUUGAUAAAUAUUAAAUUUGUUUACCAAUAUUUAUUUUUUUGUCUACAUAUAAGACAAGAUUUGUACUAUGAGAAGAUUUAAGAUUCUUUCUAUGAUUUUAUGAAGAUGUUGCAUAUUUCAGGAUAUGCAAUAUUUAGGAAACACAUGCACAGAGAACGACUCGAUUUGAUUCUAUAUAACUUCUGGUAUACAAGAUAUAUAUACAUAUAAAUUAUAUACAUUCAGUGUAUUUCAACUUAUGAAAGUGUAUUGGAAUUUCUAUUGUAAAUAUUUUUAUUGACUGUAUGUAAAUUUUUUUGUAAUGCUUGUAUUAAAUUUGUGACCAUAACAAAAUUCUAGUAUUACAUGUUAUAUAUUAGCAACGAUUU